GCGACUUUCACAAGCUAGGGGCGUGUGUUGCUACUUCGCGCUUAGUAAAUGGGUAACUAGUAUAUGGACAACAUAUCAUCAAACGCGGCUGCAGAAAGUAAAGGGAAGGUGUGAGAUUGCGAUGGAUUCUGGCCUCGAUCCUUUCGGACCCAUGGCGUCGAAGGGUUCUGGCAGAUCUCCACAGCCUACAGACAACACAACUAAAAGGGAAAGCAAUAAGGGUAAAGGUAAAAAGUCCGCCCUUCAAGAAGCUAGAAGAAAAGGAAGAAUGGACAGAAGCAAGGGAGAAGAAGAGAUAAGCAAUCAGCUGAAAAACCUGGAUUUGCACAGCCGGACCAGAGCUGCUGGCACAGGCCUUGUCUCCUCAGAUAUUUUCACUCAAUACCACUGCCUUUGGGAUACAAGCCAUCCAGAAUGCCCAGAGCGAAUCAGUGCUGUGAUGGACAUGGCUGAAAAGCAGGGUCUGCUUGCCCGCUGUGUGAGUGUGGAGCCCAGAGUUGCCACAGAGGAGGAGCUGUUGCUUGUUCACACGAAAGAAUACAUCGAGCUCAUGACUCGGACAGCGACGAUGGCGGAAGAGGAGCUGAAGUCUCUGUCUGACACUUAUGACUCCAUCUUCAUCCAUCCAAAUUCCUUUAAAUGUGCCUCCUUAGCUGUGGGUGCUGUCCUGCAGCUAGUCGAUAAGGUGAUGAUGUCAGAGAUCCGAAAUGGCUUCUCUAUUGCCAGGCCACCAGGCCAUCAUGCUCAGGCUGGCCAAAUGAAUGGCUACUGCAUGUUUAAUAACCUGGCAAUAGCAGCACGCUAUGCUCAGAAGCAACACGGGGUAAAACGAGUCUUAAUUGUGGACUGGGAUGUGCAUCAUGGGCAAGGAAUCCAAUACAUUUUUCAAGAGGAUCCAAGCGUGCUGUACUUCUCAGUGCACCGGUAUGAGGAUGGAGCGUUCUGGCCUCACCUGAAGGACUCUGACAGCAAUGUGAUUGGCACUGGUCCAGGAGAGGGCUACAAUAUCAACCUGCCCUGGAAUCAGACGGGAAUGAAAGAUGGAGACUACCUGACGGCCUUUCAGCAGCUUCUCCUGCCUGUGGCUUAUGAGUUCCAGCCAGAGCUAGUGUUGGUGGCCGCAGGCUUUGAUGCUGUGGUUGGGGACCCCAAGGGAGAGAUGUCUGCCAGUCCCCAGUGUUUUGCUGUCCUAACUCACCUGCUGAAAGGUCUUGCUCAGGGUAGACUAGUACUUGCCCUGGAGGGUGGAUAUAACUUGCAGUCCACAGCGAAGGGUGCCUGUGCCUGCCUGAAGUCAUUACUGGGCGAUUCCUGUCCCCGCCUUAAUGCGCCUGUGGCUCCGUGUGAAAGUGCCCUUACGUCCAUCUCAGAGACCAUCACUGCCCUUUACCCGCACUGGUCCUGUCUUCAGACAUUUGAGGGAGGUCCCCUACCACAGCAGUCAGAUGAACCAAACGAGGACCAACCAGGCAGCCAGCUUACUGGCCUAGUAUAUGACCAAAGGAUGAUGGAGCACCACAACAUGUGGGAUGUUCAUCACCCAGAACAGCCAAUGAGGAUUGCUCGCAUUUUCUCGCGGCAUGAGGACCUGGGACUGGUUGCCCGAUGCUACAGCAUACCUGCUCGUCUGGCCACAGAGAAAGAGCUGGCUCUGUGUCACAGCGUCGGGCACAUCCAGAAAAUCAAGGGCACCGAGGCUAUGAAGCCCCGAGACCUGCACAGGCUGGGGGGAGAGUACAACUCCAUCUUCAUCAACAAUGAAAGCUACAAGUGCGCCCGUCUGGCAGCGGGGGCCUGCUUCAACGCUGCACAGGCUGUUCUGAUUGGAGAGGUGAGAAACGCUGUGGCCAUUGUCCGGCCUCCAGGUCACCACGCUGAGGUAGACAAGGCAUGUGGCUUCUGCUUCUUCAACACGGCGGCGCUGACGGCGCGCUAUGCUCAGAGCCUCUCGCCCAGCCAUAAGCCGCUGCGGGUUCUCAUCUUGGACUGGGACGUUCACCACGGCAACGGCACCCAGCAUAUCUUCAUGGAGGAUGACAGUGUGCUGUACGUCUCACUACAUCGAUAUGAGGAUGGUACAUUCUUCCCUAACUCUGAGGAUGCCGACUAUGACAAAGUCGGGGAGGAAAAAGGUCGUGGCUUCAACGUCAACAUUCCCUGGAGUGGAGGGAAGAUGGGAGACUCAGAGUACCUGACAGCCUUCCACCACAUUGUCAUGCCCAUCGCCACGGAAUUUAGCCCAGACCUGGUGCUGGUGUCUGCUGGUUUCGACGCUGCCCGGGGAGACCCUCUGGGAGGCUACCAGGUGACCCCUGAGGGCUAUGCCCUCCUCACCCAUCAGCUCAUGACCCUGGCAGCCGGAAGAGUGAUCAUCAUUCUGGAGGGUGGCUAUAACCUGACCUCCAUCUCUGAGUCGAUGGCCAUGUGCACCAGCAUGCUACUGGGAGACUCCCCACCACUGCUGCCCCCCCAGCCCCCUCCACAUCCAAAUGCCGCCAUCAGCAUCAACAAUGUCCUGCGGGCUCACGCCCCCUACUGGAGCUCUUUGAGAAUACAAAUUCCCCAUUCCCUGCGGUUGUCUUUGCCUUCCCCCAAAACGAGAGGCAAGAGGACACCUACUGGAAAAGGCAAAAAAUCUCCGCGGCAGUCGACUCCUGCCCAAAGUCCCGGGCAGAGGGAUUCACCAGAAACAGCCUCCCCUGUGGCCUCAUCGCAGGGCACUGCCAAUGAGUCAGGCCUGGAGGACCUCACCAAGGGCCUGUUCUCACUAGACCUGAACACAACUACCUCAGCCAAUAACAGCCCAUCGUCAGUUGCUGUGGGAGGGGCCAGACGGAAAGUCAAGCCCGGCCCUCAGGAAGGAUCCGAAAUGAAGAAGGGAGCAUCACCUGGGAACGUGACCUCAGACAACAUGGAGGAGGAGGAGGAGAACAAAGACUACCCACAGGAAAAUGCACAAUCUACAUCUGAGAUGCAGCCGGUUGCUGAAACUGGCUCAGCGACCAUAGCAACAGUUGACCAAGACAGUGUGGAACUUGAGGGGGCUUGUGGCACAUCAAAGAGCAUCUUUAUCAUCUGUGGAGGCGAAGAGAUGGAUUCAGGUGCGGUGCAGCCUCUGGCCUGGUGCCCCCAUUUGGAGGCGCUGAAGCCUGUUCCCCCUACAGGCAUAGGCUUCCAGCAACCGUGUGAGGAAUGUGGAUCAGAGGAAGAGAACUGGGUCUGUCUCUGCUGUUACAAGGUGCUUUGUGGUCGCUUUGUUAAUGAGCACAUGGUGAUGCAUGGCGUGGCGUCUAGUCAUCCCCUGGUGAUGAGUUUCUCUGAUAUCUCUGUGUGGUGCUACCCAUGCGAGUCCUACAUCGACAACAAGGCCCUUUAUGAUGCCAAGAACACAGCCCACGCGGCGAAGUUUGGGCAGGACAUGCCCGCCCUUACAGUGGAGAAGCCGGUCGAAGGAUCCUGGCCGUGAGAGUGUGUGUGUGUGUGUGCGUGUAUGUGUGUGUGUGUGGAACACGCCCUCAGGUGGCAGGGAGAAGUACUGUUGUCACAAAGCAAUAUCAGCAGUCGUGAUCAGACAGGCUGCGGCUCCCUAAGAAGACCCAGACGUGCCUCCAUCAUCUUCUGUCUUCUCCUUGAACCUCCUCUGGUGCUCCUCACAUUAGUUUGUUCUCCAGGAAAGAAAAUAAGCUGACCAUAGCUGUGUUUGUAUACAAAAGACUUUUUAUUUUCUAAUGUUUUGAAAGAUCUUUUUUAAUGGGAGGUUGUUCUGUCAUUUCUCCCUCAUUUCUUUUGGUUUUUGGUUUGGUGCCAAAAAUGAGGGGGAAAAUUGCCAAAAUACUUCACCUGAGUGAUCCAAAGGUACCAAAAGGACUUAGUGUGAGUUUUUUUUGUGUUCCUCAGACUACUUUUGCACUCCUUUGCAUGCCCUUUUAUGUCUCCUUACUGUACGUCUCUGUUAGCAUACAAUAUUCUGCCUUCCUUUAGGUGUAUCUUUUAAUGGGAGUGCAAAAGUAUUUUAGGCCAAACAUCCCAAUGAGGCCUUUUAGCCGCUUUGUGCAGAACUAGUGUGUGCUGCUUCAGCUUUUCCUUGGCUUUUCCAUCAUAUGUGACUACAGACAAUUAUGGAAUUCUGCAGCAAUCAUACUCCACCAUAUGUAAACUUUUAUCAUUAUUUGAAACCCCCCCCCCCAUCUUCUUUCUGACUCAACCAUUACCUUUCACCUGUUUGCAACCUCAAACAUUGACAGAUCUCAGUCCUCCAGAAGAAUUUGUUUUGGGCAGAAUUUUAAGACACAACAAGAGCAAGCAAAGACAUCGAUCUGAACUGCUGACCUUACUGUAUUAGUACCGUAUGUACACAUAAUCACAGCAUCCUGACAGUCAUCUAAAUGGAUGAGAAGUGCAGUUAGAUGUCACUUUUAGAUGUGCAGAAUGAGCACAAGUUCUUCUGAGGUGAGCUAAUGUCAUAUUUGCAGUUGAGAGAUUUUAGAUUGCAGCAGAUUUUCUGAAGUGUGAAUGUCAUAUUGCAAUAACGUGUUUUUUCUUUGCGAUAUCACUUUUUUAUCAGUGUUGCACGAUCAUAGCCAAUCCAAUACACACAAUGAUGUAGGUGUGGUGCUAGUUCUUAUCACCAGCGAUGCUCAAGUCACUUUGGGGUAGUAAUUUCCUAUGGCAUGCUCCGUAGGAAGCACACUGCACAAUACAGGAGUUGUGAAGGAUGAAGGAAUUCCCACAUUUUUACAGUUGGUCUCUCCAUGCUCUUGAUUGUUAAGCUUCUGCUGCCACCUUGCAGAUGAGCUAGCUUUGCAGAAUGUUGAUGUUAGCGUAUAUUAGCGAUAUUAUGUAUUGUGUGACACACAGACACAGACAUCCCUUACAUUACAUGCACAGAGUUUUGGACAGGACUACUGUGAAACAUUUCAGGGUUGCUAAAUUCUUACACUUUUAUAAGUGUAACAUAAAUUAGACAAGAUAUUGUUCUUGCCAAUCACAUUACUGUUAUGAGGUUCCUCGUUUACUCAUGUAAUGUUAGGAAAAUCAUAAUCGUCUUUGGAUAAUUUGAUUGCAUGUCUGACUCGUAGGCAUGGAAGGCAAGCCUAGCUGCUUGAUUGUAAUAACUAACAGUCUCUGUGACUUGAGACGCAACCCACUGGUUUGAUUUUCUCCUCAGUCAGGUUUUGCAAUAGAGUUUGACUACUCAGCACUGUUUGAAGAAGUUGGUAGCACAUCUGUUUUGUACAGCUAAUGAUGUGCAGACCAGUGAAUCCAAUGAGGCAGGCCACCAGACCACUCACAAUUAGGGUUUGGUCAUUAUGGCCUAACUUGCCAAAGCAGUUUGAUUUGGUUAGCAUUUUGGCGUAAGGCAUGAGUCCAGGAACCUGAUUCACAGUGCAAUACUAUUAUAUUUUUUGACAUUGAUACCUUAGGACAGUUAGUGGAUCAAUUGUUAAAUUUGUAUAUAUCUUUUAUCAUCUCUCUCUCUCUGCACCUGAUGCAAAUGUCCAAUGCCAAUGUAUCUGUUCUCACCUGUAGCAAACAAAUCUGUAACUUAUUGUUUAUUCUUUGAAAACAUUCUCAUUAAAAUACAUCAAUUGUGA